CUCCCGCCGCCGCCGGGCGCAGGGGGGAUCCGGCCGAGCCGAGCCGAGCCGAGCCUGGCGGCUCCGCCACGGCCCGUCCUCCGGCCCCGCUCCCGAAAUGCCAUUCUCCUGAGUGUGUAAGGAACCCACAGAAGUGUAAUGUCUAACCCUACAUGGAAUAACAGCUCUUGGAAGUUUUUUGGGCUGUACCUGACUCUGUGCAAAACUUAAAUCAGCUGCAGCUCCUUCUGCUAAGGAUCAGCCUUGGUACAGAAACAGUGGUAGUUAAAAGACAGUAAGUAUAUCUGCUAGCUUAAAUGCUGGGGUUUUUUUUUUUCUCUUUUCCUUUUUUUUUUUUAAUUCACAAGCACAGCUUUUUACUCUUCACACAGUAGGAAUUUGUCAGGAGCUUGCUGGCAUUUAUAGUCUAUUUCAGCUCUUUUCUAUAGCCCAGCAGCUACAGAGGGGGGGAAAAAGCGUGCUUUGUAUGGAGCUGUGGUUGGGGCUGUGCUGCAGUGCCCAUCUGAACUUGGCUGUGUCUAUUUUGUCAGCUUUUGCUUCCCUCUAGUAGUUGCUGGUCCCUUCCUAAACUCACGAAAUCCCACCAUACAAUGCCUGUGCUUGGAUCAGGGUUCUGCCUGCUCCUGACCUGAACCGAUUCUCUUGAUGGUUUUGCUUCUCGAGCUCUGCAAACAAGAUAUCUUUGAGUUUCAAUUCUUUGUCUGGCUUUUUAUCUUUUACUUCUCCAUUGAUCUCCAGAGGAGUAGGACUAGGACAAAACAUGUGGUAUUCUUGACCAGGGAUCCAUGGAGAGGGUGUAAGCUGUUGGAAGAGUGAGUGGCAUUCUUGCAAUGGUGUGGUUGCAUUUAUUUGGGUGUGGAUAUAAUCAUGCUUCUGUGAUACAGUUCCUGCUGAGUUUGAAAUGCUAGUGUUAGUAAAGCCAGACAAAAGCUUGGAGAAAAGUCAGAAUUUCAGUGCCUUUUAGUGAUGGUUCAUGGGAAAGUAACGAUUUUGUGUUUGAUUUUCCUAAAGCACCGGGCAUAUGCUUUUUACUUCUCUGUGAAUUACUGUUUGUGAAUGUGUAUCUUUACAGCAUGAGAACAUCAGAAACACCUGGUUUUGUGCCUAGGUUUCACUCGUAGAGGUAGGUCCUUGUUAGAGACUCUGGGUAGUCUGAUGAAAAUGGUGUUUAGCUACAAAGCUUCAAUUUCUGCUGUUGCUGAUCGUGGCAGCUUCAUUGCUGGUCUCCCUGAAUCCCUGGGCAGAGGACAUGCUCUCCUCCUCCUGCUCUGCCUCCAUCUCCUCCACCCCACACGUUUCUUAGCCUUGUGUAGAGCUCAGCAGAGAUUUCUUCAUGAAGACUGGAAUGUGUUUAUAUAAUAUUUUAUAUAUUAUUUUAGGCUCCUGCUACUCAAAUGUAGGCAAACUCUUAACCUCUUAUUCGCCAUCAUUAAACGAACCGUGGAAUUGCUGUAGCAGACAUCAAGUCAGGUGGAUCUAAACCAGCUUCUGUUUUUCCUGCCUGGAAGGUUCAUCCUUCAUCAUUUUCCUGGCAAGUGUGGCUACCUAGAGCAGGUUUUCCAGGCCAGGAGUGUUUAGUGGGAGCAUUGAUUGUGAACCACACUGGUGAAGCAGUGCUGGGCUGGGCGUAGUGGGGGCUCUUCUGUGUGGGAGGCAUUGGGAAGGGGGUGAUGUGAGAGGCUCAAUCUCUGCAAAAGCAGGGCUAGGACAGCAGUAGGAACGCUGGGCAGAGCUGCUGAAAAGGAGAGAACAACCUGCUGCACUAAAUCACAUCUCCCUGGGGACACAGCUCCAUAGUUAGCAUCCUCAAAUGGCAUUCCUUUAUUACGGCAUCAUUGUGCACAGGCCUCUAGAGAGGAAGCAAACGGUCUCUCAAACAAUCUGCUGGCAGCCCAGGCUGGAGUAUUUGAGGUUUUCCAGGGCUCUUUUGCUGUGUCACUCUUCCCUUUAAUGUUCCAGCUCGAAGGUUGUUGCUGUUUCUCCAUCAAAGUGCGUUAACGCGCGGGUAAGGGUGUCUGCUCCAAGGACAAGGUGGAGAAGGCAGCAGCCCAGGAGAACAAGAGAUACUGCAGAACAGCUUUGUUCUGGUGUAAUCUGCCUUAUCUGCAUGUGAUGCAAAGACAGGGCAGUUUUCACAAGACUUGGAGGCUGCGUGGUGACAUGUUUUCUGUCCUUUUAUAAAAUCCACCACGUUAUUUUGAUUAGAGCGCUAACGUAACUCCUGGCAGCCUCAAAUCUCACUGCUAGCAGCCACUUCCCUCCAAAGCCUGAUGUGGUGCUAACAAGCAGAGAGAUCUUGUGCGUCCUGUUUACAUGGAGCUGGGAAGACAGCGUGUUCCGUGGGAGGUGCCAAGGUAGAGCUGCAGUUGGAUAAAAGUUUCUAGGUGGCAGAGACACGGUGAAGCUGAGUGUGGGGCAGGCAGAGCUGAUGGGGGAGCCUGGGGUGUAGCCCAGGAUGGACUGGCUGUGACGAGGACGUGCCUUAGCCUGGAGAGGGCGUUACCAUGAAGAGUUCCUGCAGAGCUGGCCUCCACAGGGAACCGCUGAAUUCCACAUCCUCCACCUUCCAUCAGGUCAAACGGGUUUCUGGUAUGCACUUAAAGCCAUAUCUCAAGUUACAGAAGAAAGAGCGAUCCCCAGAAAUAAGCCAGGAUUCCCUUCGAGGCCACCAGGGACCAGCACAAGGAGAAAAAUUCACCAACUGCACCAAACUGAGCGUUUUCCAAAAACCCUCCCUGGUGGCUCCAUCUCAAAAGCUUCUGGGGAUUAUUUAUCCAAAUACUAUGUGCAAUAUGAACGGGAAGGGCCCGGCGGACGCUCCGAGCGCGAGGGAGAAGAAGAACGCCCUGUCUGCCACGAUCCACCAGGGAGAAGAAGGAGAGGGACCUCUGGAUGUGUGGGCUGUGGUGAAACCCGGCAACACCAAGGAGAAAAUCGCCUUCUUUGCAGCCCAGCAGUGCAGCAGCGGCGGCACCCGCACGGGCUCCAUGAAAAUCAAGAGCACGUGGGACAUCGACGGGAGGACGGCCAAACGCAGGAAAAAAUCGGUGGAUCUUAAAAAAGCCAAAAUCCAACUGGAAAGAAUGAGGGAGGCCAACUCCAGGUGCUCCCAGCCGGAGCCGUUCGCCUGCGGCAUCGAGCACUGCUCGGUGCACUCGGGCGGCGACGGCGCCGACGGCGCCUUCCCGGGCCGCUCGCUGUCCGUCAUCGAGAUGGUGGCGUUCCUGGAGCAGCGGGCCAGCGCCCUGCUGGCGGACUGUGCCAAGAGCUGCGCGGGCACCAGGCUGAGCCCCCAGCCCAGGGCCGCCGUGCCCGGCCCCGAGCCCCCGUGCCCGGGCGGGCCGUGCGAGGCGGAGCCGCAGGGCGAGCCCGUGCGCGUGCUGGACAUGGUGGCCAGGCUGGAGUCCGAGUGCCUGAGGCGGCAGAGCGAGGCCGGGAGCCUCUCCCGCAACAACAGCUUCCGCAGGAACGUGGGCAGGGUGCUCCUGGCCAGCGGCACCCAGCCCGAGGGGGACCUGGGCAAGGGGGGCCCGCCCCAGGGACGGGCAGGGGUGGCAGGGGAUGGGUUUGGGGGUCGCUGCGGUGACACCGAGCUCUGGGAUGGCGGCGCCUCUGCCCCGCGGCCGUUUCCUUCGGGGCUGGAUACCCGGGUGGGGAAUGUGAGUUCGGGACUUGCCCAGGCGGUGCUGGCCAUGACAGCUGGCAGGAGUGACGCUGACACACGGAUGGAGCCCCCCAGGGCCCUGCUGGCCCCGUGUCCCGCUGCUGCCAGGCUAGCGCCGGAUACCCUGCAGAGCGAGAGCGCGACUGUUGAUUGUACGUCGAAGGAGCCUGGAAUUUUCCCAAAGCAUCCCGCUAGGAAGGAGCCCUUGUGCAUCAGUAUAUCGGUCAGCAAGACAGAGGAAGGGUGCAGGAAGGAGAAGCUCUCUGGUUCUGGUGAGGAUUCACUCCCAGGGAGGCUGUUUUUCCUCCAGGGUGAGCAGCCUGCUGCUCACGAGCAGCAGCCACGGCGGGAGGGUCCCCAGGAGAAGCCAGGGGAAGUAGCCCAAAACGAGGAUGAGGAUGCUCUGGCAUCUGGUAGAUCGUGUGUCAGCAGCAGUGUCCCUACAGAGCCAUCAGCCCCUUCUGUCCCUGCCACAGAAGGAGCUUUGCAAGUACUUGAUGCCUCCUGCCUAAAGCGGCAGGUUUCUCAUGACUUUCUGGAGACCAGGUUUAAAAUCCAGCAGCUUUUGGAGCCUCAGCAGUACAUGGCCUUCUUGCCUCACCACAUCAUCGUGAAGAUCUUUGGGUUGCUUCCCACCAGGAGCCUGGUUGCCCUGAAAUGCACUUGCUACUACUUCAAGUUCAUCAUCGAGUACUACAACAUCAGGCCGGCCGACUCGCGCUGGGUGCGCGACCCUCGCUACCGGGAGGAUCCCUGCAAGCAGUGCAAGAAGAAAUACGUCAAGGGAGACGUGUCCCUGUGCAGGUGGCACCCCAAGCCCUACUGCCAGGCUCUGCCCUACGGGCCUGGCUACUGGAUGUGCUGCCACCGCUCCCAGAAGGGCAUCCCUGGCUGCAAGCUGGGCCUCCAUGACAAUCACUGGGUCCCCGCCUGCCACAGCUUUAACCGCACCAUCCACAAGAAAACCCGAGGAGCUGGAGCAGAGGUGGAAGAGGAAUAUUAGUGCACAAACACUUUCCUGCAAGAUUGAGAUUGUUUGGGAGAGGAGGAGGAGGAGAUUCUCAUGCCUUGUGCUGUUUACAGUGUAUAUAAUUGUCGUGAUUUGUUUUUUUUUUCCCCCCCACAGGGCUAUGAAACUGCACAUACUCAAACACAAGAGCCUUUACCUUUUAGAUUAAAAGAGAGCUUUUAGUCCAUCUCUGUAAAUAACACUAUAAAAACUAAUUGUACAUACAGAGUCUACAGCUGGCUGAACAAGGUAACCCCUACAAUGCAGCUAUCCCAGUGUUGCGGCUAUAGGUGUGUGUGUUUUUAAGUGUCUUGUUUCAAAAUCUGUAUAUCCUGUAUAAUAUAUGAAUGUUUCUGAGAAGAAACUCUAAAUAGGUAAAGGUCAACUUGUUUAAAGAAGCUGCAGACAACUUAACUGGACAACCUGAAACUUAGACUAUAGAACAGAUCCAUUAUAGUAGCGUGGCAGUGGAUUAAAAAAAGAAAAGAGAGGAAUAUUAUUGUAUAGUCAGAAUAUAAAAAAAAGUUCUUGUCUACUCAUGUUGUCUGGUUGGGUUUUUUUUUUUUUACACAUAAAUAAAAUGUGCAUUCUAGAUCUGCCUUACCAGACUUCCUCUUGUAAGACUUUUGCCCCAAAAUAAAAAAAUGCUGUAAAACA